ACAAUUAUUGCGUCACUGCCAAAAUGCUUGGGACCGACUAUAUAUGACGUAGCAUUGAUUAUAAUAUCGAUUGUGGAUGCAAUUAAACGCAGCUUGCAAACAUUUCCCUUAUUACUCGAGUGCAUUUCAUAAAAGUCUCUUGUAGUCUGGCGGACAAUCAACGUAGCCUGAUUUGUGUCGGAGCAUCGGUGGGGGGUUGGGAGGCACGAAGGUGGGAGAGACCCGGUCCGUAAUCGUUACAGCCGUGACGUCACAUCCAAUGGCGGCAAGCUGAUACGUCACAGGCGGUGCGCACUGUUUCGGUUGUAACUGGCAUGGUUCGAGUACUGGCACUGUUGCCAUUCGUCCCUUACAACUGGAUUGCUUUGAAGUUUCAGGUGCUUUGAGGCUCUGUGUUCUGUAUAGUUCAUUAUUGGGUUUCUAAUGGGUCUUUGUUAGAAGCGAGUUAUCGUCAAGUAUCGGGAAGCAGUAACAAAAUCUGGUGGGCAACGAAGGAGGGACAGUCUUUGGGCCGACAGUGCGGCAACAUGGUUCAGCCAAUAUCUCAGUCUCUGGUUUGCACAACCGCACAGAACUGUGAGUUGCGAGCAUUUUUAGUCAAAAAGAGAUCGUCGAAGGGAUACGAGUGUGGUCGGGACCGAUGUUCGUAGCUUAGCAGGACUUGGUGAGCUCUAUCUGACUUAAUUUCCGAAUGUGGACGAUUAUGUGAAUGAAGUGGUUUUCUCGCGUGGAGAGUGUGAAUUCCAACUUAUCGACGCGGACUACGGACGCCCAGUGCAGUUGAGGACUAUUUUUAAAAGUGAAGUCAACAUGCCGACAGGCUGACACUAUAGACUAUCGAGCAGUGAACGAUUGAUUAGGAGAUAAACAUGUCGGUGAUGCAAAUGCAACAGGCCAAAAGGCAACAAUGCUACUUGUGCGAUCUGCCCCGUAUGCCUUGGGCAAUGGUGCACGACUUUACGGAAGCAGUAUGUCGUGGGUGCGUCAAUUACGAGGGAGCUGAUCGGAUUGAGGUGGUUCUCGAUGCAGCACGGCAGAUGAAACGGGCGCACGGCUUUCAGGAGGCCCGUGCCUCAAGCCACAGCACGAAAGCGCAUCGCGAGCAUCAGAACGGCGAAGUAGCGGGCAAUCGUGCUCAGAACCAAGUCGUAGGUCACCACCAGCCCAAUAACAUGCAUCAUACGCGAAUGAUGUCUAUGCUCGAUGGGUAUCCGACUGCUCAACCGCCGCCGCCACCCAGAGUCCCGCAAGGGUUGACCAGACCUCAAGUUGAUGGCGUGUCCGAACACGAGGCUUUGGUGGGCAGAACGAAUGUUCGCAUGCAAACGCACCUGGCCGCAGCCGCAUCAGCCCAUCAUUCAAUGCAACAAACUCACCAUCAUGCCGCGAACUCGCGGCAAGCCAACUUGCCCGCCCAGAACCUCAAGCGAGGACUUUCCGUUGCUGAUGAUGAGGAUCACCAUCCGCACCAUCACGCCAAUGGUGAGGUGAGCAGCAAACGAAUGUUGACCGUCGAAGAGCACCCGAAUGUGCGACAAGACGCGCAAAUGGUUCGGCCGCCCCUAACUCGAGGCGAAAGUCUGCCGGCCGUUUCGUUGGCCCAGCCGUUCGUGGUGACCACCGAACGAACAUUCAAGCAGGAAAAACAUCCCAUGCGAACUGGGUCCUUCGAUGCGAGCACCGCGUUUAAGGUCAAUGUCCCAGUUUCGAUUGGCUCAGGGCAGGCGAGCAACUCGCCGCUGAGCAGAACAGGAUCACCCCCCGAAGCGAAUGCAAGCGGACCGGGGGCUCCUCAGGUGCAGGUUCAAGGGGCUUCCGGGCAAAGCCCCAUGGCGGCCCUAAUGUCCGUUGCGGACAACUUGCCCCCCGGAAGCCCCCGAUCCACUGGGGGCAGUCCGCCCAGCAAUGCCGCUCCAAGGAGUGCCAGCAGGGGGAGUCAACACUCGCCCAACUCCACUGCAGGUUCGACCAGCGGUCGCAGAUCCAGCGGAUCACGACACGUUAGUUCAACAACAGUGACAUCCACAGAGGCUGGAUCUUUGCCCAAUGUCAAUGAGGCACUGCCUGUGAGCAAUGAAAGCGGGGCUGCAGUGACGACGCACGCCACUACUCCUACAUUGAAGUGCACUCUCUGCCAGGAAAGGCUGGAAGACACGCACUUUGUGCAAUGCCCGAGUGCACCGCAUCACAAGUUUUGUUUCCCGUGCAGCCGGGACAGCAUUAAGAGACAGGGCGCGGGAUCUGAGGUGUACUGCCCCAGCGGUGACAAGUGCCCAUUGGCGAAUUCAACGGUGCCGUGGGCGUUCAUGCAAGGAGAAAUUGCAACCAUUCUGGGCGAGGAUUACAAAGUGAAAAAGGAAAGGGAGACAUAAUCAAUCAGCAAUUGUGAACCAUAUGGAGGACAAAUCUGAUGCAAUUUGUUAAACGCUAUCGGCUGGAAUGGAUAAUGGCGAAUGUUCGAUAUUUUGAAAGGCUGAGUUCUGAGGAAGCGAUGCUUGUAAAAAGUGGAAAAAAUGGCUGUGGAACUUAGUAGUUAACAUUGAUGGAGCUGGGCAAGAAUGCAACGAUGCAUUUUCAUCAGCUGUGCCGAAUUAAUUGGAGUAAAAGCACCGACAGAUUGUACAUACCAGCGAAACCCUAGAAGAAAACCGAUGAUAACAUUUCUUCUUAUCUUCAAUAAGUAUUAAAGAUUUUUCGCGCAACUUAGUUGCUUUAUCUGGCGCAUUGUACAUAAAACAAUAAAUCGCUAAUGUACAUUCGUUCUGUUUUAGGUCUUAGAGUUAAGUUUAUUUAGUAUUUUAAUUGGGUGUUUAUUUUCCUAAGUUUGUGUACAUACAGCUGUAAAUAUCAUAUAUUUGUCAGCUUUUACAUAUCCGAUUAGAGUGUUCGUCCUAUAAGGUAUUCUGUAUUCGUUAACAGAAAACGACCGUUUUUAUACAUCUACGAAGCUGGUCAACGGUUUACGCUGCUGACCAGGCGUUCCUGUUUAAGGUGGUACAUAUUAUGGGCCAUAAAUAUGAAUAAUUAAUUAUUUUUAUUGUGAAAAAGUAUAAACUAGUCAAAAGGCAAAGUUUAUUAGAACUUUGCUAAAUAGGAACUCCGACACUCGCUCAUUACUUUUAAGAAAGUAUUUAAACAUUUCUUAAUAUUUAUCGAACUAACAACUGGUCAAUAUACGAUUUGCGUUUUGCGUUUGGCCAAAAAUGGGGACGCUGUUUCAACAUCUUUGUCUAUUUGACCACGCACCUUGCCUGGGUUUACAAUUGUACUUGGAACUCUUUUUAAUUGUGGUGGCAGCGACACACCGGUUGGUCCACAUUGUAUAUGUUUAGAGAGUACUGGCAAUGUCAGAAUUGUACAUUUUUUUAUUGAAGUUGUUUUCACGACUGAACGACUAAUAACAACCAUGAAUUAUUAUGUAAGGCUUGUACAAUCGUUUUUUGCUGUUAGUCGAUGUCAAAAAAAAUAAAAUCAGUAUAAUAAUACAUUACAAA